AAAUAUUUUGACAUGUAUAACAAAGAGAAACAACGUUAUGAACGUGAAAUGUCUUCUUACGUUGGCUCCUCAUACGUCUCACCACAAUCGCUCCCCAACGAUGACAAAGUCAAAUCUGAGACUGAAAUUGAAGUCAAGCCUGAACCCGAAGCUUCGGAUUUUGCGUCAUCCAAUAAUUAUCUUGAUAACAACACAAACGAAGACGAAGAAGUUGAUAACGAUAAUGAGCAGGAAGACAAUGAUCAUAGGGACGAUCCGGUGGAUGAUGACGAAGAAAUGAGUGAGGAGGUUGAUGAGUUGAGAGAGGAUUUGGUGGAUGGUGAGGAGGAAAUGCGGGAGCGAGAAUUAGAGAGUGGCGCUGAGGAUGGGACUCUUAGUGAUAUUGAUGAGCCGGAAUAUUAG